AUGAAGCAAUUAGAAGAUGCUCCCAAAGAAAAGUCAAGAGCACUUGCUGUUAUCCAUGAUGACGAGGGAUUCGAUUGGAGUGAAUUGUUUCCAGAAGAAGACGCAGUGGGCUAUGCUUUCAUGACAAAGAUUGUUCCUUUCAAAGAUACCAGAACAGAAGAAGUGAAAUACAUCAACAGAAAGGUGUCAGCCCAAUUCAUGAAAAAUAGAAUCUAUCAAACAUGGAAAGAAGCAAAAAGGGCAAAUAGAUGGGAUGCAAUUAGAGAAUGUUAUCUAGAUCCUAAAGGAAACAUAGCUAUUGAUCCUGAUUAUGUCAGUGUUGAAACUCUCACCGAGCAAAUUGCUGAAGAGGAAGAAGCAAGACAGAGAAUGUGGUGGGGAGGAGGAGAAGCUGAAGAAAAAGAAAAAGAAAAAGAAAAGGAGAAAGAGUCGCAGCUAAAGAAAGUUAAUGACGGGAUUAUUGACACGACAAAAGAAUUCACAGUAGAAAAUUUGAAGAAAAUGGCUGACAAAGUGCUUGCAGCGAAAGAGUUAGAGGUAGUUUCUGAGUCUGGAACUGAGUCUAAAAGCAAGGUCAGUCCAAAUGAUUCAACCGAUGAGUUAGGUAAGAAAGCCAAAACUGAAAGCGACUGCAAAAAAUGCAUGAAAAAUUGCAAGGUUUGUAGUACACUUGCUUACCUCAACAGUAAAAAGACUGAAGAACUGACAGGAAGAAUUAGAGAUGUUGAAAAUCAGAUCUUGAGUCGUGACAAAAUGUUAAAGGCUUCAAAUGAUCGAUUAAAAGAUCUAACUGAGAAAAUUGAAAAUGAUAAAAUUGACGUAGAACGAAUUAGGAAAGAAAACAAAAAAUUAAUUCAUGAAAAUCGUGUUCUUAGGUCAAAAGAAGAGCAAAUCAACCAACAGUUGGAUGAGAUUGCUAAGUUGAAGCUUCAGUUUCAAGAAUCAAAGAUUGAAAAUGAAUCCAUCAAUCUGAAACUGAACAGUUACAACUUCGCAAGUUUUGUUCUUCCUAAACCAAUUGGGAAGAACAAAGUCGGCGAAGAUGUAUACUCAGAUGGAACUGGGGUUGGGUAUCAUAAGCUUCCACCGUCAGUGUUAAAUAAUUUUUCGAAGAAAAAAUCCGGGUUGGUUAAUGAUGAAGAAGUAAAUGAAGUUAAACUUCCAGAAUCAAUUGAUGUCAUUUUCAGUCCAUCAUCCGAUGAAGAUAGUGUUCAGUCGGAAGUUGUUAAAAGUUACACAAUGCCACCGCAGAAUCCCGGUGACUCAUGGCGAUUCAAUUACGAUACUCUGUGGGAGUCGUUUGACAUGGAAGAAGAACCAGAGUUCUUUGAUGAGUUGGAUAUUCUAAGAGAGUAUGAGUUAUCACAAGAAAGGUUUCCAGCUGAGUAUUAUAGACGUCAACGACAAACCUCUAAUGACGAUGAAGUCGGUCCAAGCAAUGCUGGAGAACAUGAUGAUAUUCAACAAUCUUCAGAACAACAACAUGCUCCUGAAAAUCAGACGGCAGUCAACGAUAAUCUAGAAUCUGAUGAUAGACCAGUAUUCGAUCGUGGUGAUUCAGAUUCUAAGGGGGAGUAG